GUGAGAACCUUUUUUUGGUCUAUUUUGAUUUUGUGCGUGGUAGUAAGUACUAGUCCAGAAGCAGUGACUGAAAAGAUCUAAUUUCCGUUAAGCUAUCACUUCACCGCCAAAGAUAGAAUGUACGGUGAUUAGCAGUCGCAGAGACAGGGCAGGCCUUCAUUUGGGGCAAACCUCCUUUAUCUUUUCUGGUAAAGCCACUGUUCAUAUUCAUACAUACCUCUCCCUUUAUUUUUAUUAUUUUAUAUUUCUUUUUCAGAAAAUUCGUGCCUUUCUUUUAGCCCCACACAGGCUAUAUAGCGCCUCUCACUCACUUUUUUCGUACCUUGUGUCCCCUCACUCACUCACUCACUCACACUGCUUCCAUUCCAAUUCCAUUACCAUAACGUAACUCCCCUCUUCAUAUUAUUAUUAAUUAUUAAUCACUUGCCUUAUUUAAUACCUUCCUCUGCCACAGCCACUAUUACUAAUUCACUCAUCAACCUUAUAUUACUUACUACUUAUUACUCUCGUUGCUUCCUGUCUUGUCCCAAACGAAUAUCUUCUUUUGCGCUCCUACCUAUCUAUCUCACCGUUUUCCCUUUCAACAUCAAUGCUAUUGCUAUCUCCAAGAAUCUGAUACACAAAGACACAACAUGCCUGCGCCUCCUCCUAACUACACUCACCACCGCACCAAACUCGUCAGGAUAACAGUUACUGACGCUGAUGCCACCGACUCCUCCAGCGACGAAGCACAACUCUCAUCCUCCACGCGCCACCACCGACACAGAAAGCUCGUCAACGAGAUUCUUAUCGAGCCCUGUCAAGUGCCUCCCCGGAAGAGACCCAAGAAGUCAUCAGCAAGUACCUCCGCCGCCAAGCCCAGAGCUCCGGCCAUUCGCCGCCAACUCUCCGGCAGGAAGUUCCGCGGGGUGAGGCAGAGGCCAUGGGGGAAAUGGGCCGCGGAGAUAAGAGACCCUUCACGGCGCGUGAGGUUAUGGUUAGGUACCUACGACACCGCGGAGGAAGCUGCCAUGGUGUACGACAACGCGGCCAUUAAACUGCGUGGACCCGACGCGCUCACCAAUUUCAUAACGCCGCCACCAACCACAACGCUGGACAGUAAUAAUAAUAAUGAAAAUAAAACGGCAGCACCAACGGUUUUGGUAAACGGUUACAGUUCCGGUGAUGAGGAGUCUCAAAGCACCAACAACAAUCAUAGUCAGAGUCACAAUCUGUUCUCUCCAACUUCGGUGCUUCAUCAUCAUCAUCAUCAUCAUCAUCAUCAUCAUAAUCAGUGUUGUUAUUCCUUAUCGGAGGAAGGUGAAUCCACCGUAACGGGAAAAGAGGAUGAAUAUUCGAGCGUGUCGGAGAAUAAUAAGGUCAAAUCUGAGGAAGACGAUUCAUCAUUCCUUCACAUUCCGAGUGAUGUGCUCUUUGAUUUUCAAGUCUCUUCUUCGCCGUUGGUGGUGCCAGAUGUUUUUGAAGAAAGCUUGCUCUUCGCCGAUGAUUGCGGCGGUUUCCUCACUUCUUGUGAGGACUUUGAUUUCAGCUUCAAAAGCUGGCACAGAGAGGAUGACUUCUUCCAAGAUAUAACUGAUUUAUUCCCUUCAGAUCCGCUUCUUGCUCUUUGAUUUUAAUUACUGCCUUCGUUUAAGUUAAUACUCUACUUAGUUAGUACUUAUAUUAUUACUUAAUAUAGCAUAUUAGUGUGAUUUUGCGUCAUUCUGCCAAAAACUGGCAAAUUUUGUAUCGGCGGGAAAUAACUACUGUAAUCACUAAUCCUUUUUGUCUUUUUUCUUUUUUUGGUUGUGUUCUACUGCUACUUAG